GAGCUUGCUAUUAAUCUUCAUCGUAUUCUGUUGGAUACUGUUAAAAUGAAGUCAUUCCAAAACGAUCAUGAGAUGUUAAUGGAUCUGAUGUACAGAAUAUCCAAAGGUUAUCAAACGUCUCCUGAUCUUCGUCUCACGUGGCUACAGAACAUGGCCAAGCAGCACAACGAGAAAGAUCACUAUACUGAGUCAGCAAUGUGUCUGACACAUGCAGCUGCUCUGGUGGCGGAGUACCUGUACAUGUUGGACGGGUCACAACACCUUCCGGUCGGCUGUGUCACGUUUCAAAAAAUAUCACCAAACAUGUUAGAGGAGAGUGCAAUAUCUGAUGAUGUCAUUAAUCCAGACGAGGAAGGUAUUGCUACCAGUAGAUUAUUCACUGAGUCUGGACUCAUUGGACUAUUAGAACAAGCAGCUCCAAUGUUUAGAGAAUCUCAGUUAUAUGAAGCAGCUGCUGAGAUAUAUAAGUUAGUAAUUCCUCUGUACGAACACAGGAGAAAGAACCACAGUUUAGAGUCGGUUUAUAACAAGCUCUCGGACUGUUACAAGAGCUUGGCAAAGAAAGGGGACAGGAGGUUCCUUGGGAGUUACUUCAGGGUCGGGUUUUAUGGUUUCUGGUUCGGAGACCUUCACAUGAAAGAGUUUAUAUACAAAGAGGAGGCUCUAAUGAAACUGAGCGAAUUCUCUUUAAAACUAGAGAACCUUUACAGCGAGCAGUUAGGUUCUGAAAAGGUUGAGAUCAUCAAAGACUCAAAUGAGGUCGACACUUCAAAACUUGAUGGAGGAAAGGCCUACAUACAGGUGACCUAUGUAGAGCCGUAUUUCGAGGACUGGGAACUUAAGAAGAGACUAACAGUAUUUGACAAAUCAUUCAACAUCAGACGUUUCUUCUUCAGUACCCCAUUCACACCAGGUGGUAAAGCUCAUGGUGAACUCCACAAUCAGUGGAUGAAGAGGACAGUACUCACCACCGAGAAGAGUUUCCCGUACGUUAAAAGGCGUCUUGAGGUCAUAAGGACUGAUACUGUUAAGCUUAAACCUCUUGAGGUAGCCAUUUUGAAUAUGGAAUCAAAAAUACACGAACUGAAGGCUGUCCUCAAUCGUACUCCUUGCGAUUCAAAACUACUUCAAAUGCAGCUGCAAGGAGGAAUAGCUACA